CAUCGACUCUCGCGCGACCAGCCCUCGGCCAGCUACAACGACGCCUACACGCGCACCACACACCUUGCACCAUGCAGUCGCUGCCAGACGCGCGAUCGCAAAGCUUCGAGGAGCUCUAUGGGCCCCCCGAGAACUUCCUGGAGAUCGAGGUCCGAAACCCCAUGACACACGGUGUCGGCCGUGGCAUGUACACGACGUACGAAAUCGUCAUGCGAACCAACAUCCCCGCCUUCAAGCUCAAGUCGUCGACGGUACGCCGUCGCUACAGCGAAUUCGAAGCCUUCCGCGACAUCCUCGAGCGCGAGUCGGCGCGCGUCACAAUACCACCGCUGCCGGGCAAAGUGCUCACCAAUCGCUUCUCGGACGAUGUGAUUGAGCACCGACGCGAAGGGCUGCAACGCUUCCUCCAGAUUGUCGUGGGCCAUCCGUUGCUGCAGACUGGCAGCAAGGUGCUGGCUGCCUUUGUGCAGGAUCCCAACUGGGACAGACAUGCGUGGUAGACACGCCUGACCCGACUACUACAGAGGGCGGUUACCGACACUUGAUAUCUGUGUUGUUUGUGACAUCAUACUUUCAACAAUAUCAGAUUGCCGCAUUUCCUGCGUUACGGAGCAACGGGCGUUUGUGUUAGGCUUUCACGUGGGGCUUUGUGUACCUUGUCAUGAGUAGCAGCAGCGAGGAAAUGUCUAUAGUUCAAUCAUCAUCCCAUGUAAUCCACGCAAACGUCCAUGGCUGGGGACGAGCGCCGGCUACAACGAUUGCUAUCAACUUGACAUCAGCGGCGACGGUCCUCCGCGCAGCGCUAGCGAUGCAACGAGCAAGGCGCGGGGGUUAGUAACAAGCAAAAGUUUUUGGCAGCCGAACCGUCUUAACCCUGCAUUUUCCCGACC